CUCCUCAUUUCUUUCGGGAGUUUAGACCAUAGGUAUCGUUCGAAAUAUCUGAUCGAAUGUUUACCAUUCCUAACAGUGUUGAAAUUCGGGAUAUUAUUCUGAGUUUAAAUGGUACUUGAGGAACUUAGUUACAAAUACGUUAUUCAAAUAUGUACGUAAUAGACCCAUAUGAUAUUUGAACAUAGUUAUUGAAAUAUUCUGCAGUCUCCUAUUAUGAAGUGUGCUGAGAUUGGAUUUCUUUAACAGUUCAUCAUUAGUAAACAAGUUACUGUUAAACACAAUACGGAGCGCUCUUUCCUGAAGCUUUUCUAAUUUUCUAAUUAAUUGAGUCAUAUUGAAUUUGCAGACAUUAAUGACUGUGAAAAUCACACUUGUCAAAACGGUGGCUCUUGCGUGGAUGGCAUCAACAAUUUCACGUGUAACUGCCUUAAAGGGUAUACUGGGAGUCAUUGCCAGACAGGUAUGCAGCUUUGAAGCAAAAAUUUGGCUUUCUCAAUGAAUGCAAUUUCAGUUAACCAUUAAUACUUGAAACAGUUUGACUUGCACUUUUAAAAGAUCACUUACGUUAUAAAUUGUACUUCUAUGUGUUUGUCAGACAUUGACGACUGUGUUAAUCACACAUGUUUCAACGGUGGGUCGUGUGUAGAUGGUGUAAACAAUUACACUUGCAGAUGUGUUGCAGGAUUUAAAGGAGAUCGCUGCGAGAAAAGUAAGACGGGUGGAAUUUCAUUGAUAUUAAAUAAAUAUUUGAUGUCUUUUCGGUGAGUAGAUUUAAAAAAAAGCACUUAAAAACUAUAUAAGGAGAGUCGACAAGAAAUGUUAUUAGUGAUGGAGGAAAUUACUAAUAUAUUCGUUACCUUUCCGAUUCGCUACUUCUUUAUGUAAACUAGAUUUCUACAGUAUCUUUAAUUAUUCUUUCAACGUGCAAUGUAUUAGCUUCUUGUAAAUUUGCAUACCGUGCCUGUGUAGUUCAUGCAAUGAACAAAACAUAAUGCAAAAGUCAGGUUUACAAUAAAGCACCACCAAAAUCUCGGUUUAAAAAAAAAUAUGGGCUAUUCUGCUUUGGCCAAUAGACUAAAUAACCAAGGGGUUACAUCAUAGACAGACAUUAGAAGGUAGAACUACGACAUCGGCUUUGAAGGUAAUAUUUUUCUCCUAAUCAUUUUAUUUUUCUAGAAUUUAUUUCUUAUACUUAAAAAGUAUCUAAAAUCUUAUGCUUAAAUGGUAUCCAAAAUUAAGUAAUACCCUUUAUAAUGUAUAAUUUAAAUUAUACACAUUGUAAUUUGAAAACUACUUAUGUAAUGACCUCUGGGUUGAAACCUUCCCCGACCAUUCACAUUAUAACAUUAGAAAUAUUAAUGUUAACUAGGGGUACCUUCCAGCAAGUGCAAACGAGGUGAAUUCGUUUAUCUUUUGUGGAAUGUGCCUAUUUAGAUCUUUGCGAUGUUUUUUUUCAUAAUUUUAGAGGUUUAAAAUGGAUUCUGCAAAAGAAAAGGAUGGCACCCAGGUUCAAAGCAACAACUUUGGCACAUUCUAGCCUUUCACUUAUAUUAGACAAUAACAACAUGGCUUGAAGCUUUGUUGGUAAAUAUUAGCAAGUUAGCAAUUAUGUUUCUUGGAAAAUUCCAUUGUAUCAAAACUAUAAACGUUAGAAAUUUAUUUUAAAUGAGGCCCUUGACUGCUGAAAUUAAAAAUAAUAAUUAAAUUCCGAGAAACAGCGUCAUCAGGGAUAAGAAAAAUAUUUUGCGUGGUAAUAUAAACCAGAAAAAAUUGGUGUAAAGUAAAAUGUGUAAAAUGCGCAACAAUGAGGCGGAAUGUAUCAGAGGUAUAAUAAUAUAGAUUUAAAUAAAUACAAAGAUCCAAUGAGCGAGUGUCACAGGACAAAGCGUCUCUUAAAAGGCAUAAUGAUAGUCUUCAAAACAAAAGGUCCGCAAAUUCGUUGCAUUUCUCACGGGAGUUUUGGGCUGUCUCAAUGUAAAUCGAGCAGCCAAAAAACAUGCUGGUUGACAAAAUCUCUCGAAAGACAUAAAUAAAUUAAAAAAAGGUCCGCAAAUACGUUGCAUUCCUCACGAGAUGUGAGGACUGGCUCAGUGUAAAUCGACCUGGGAAGAACAUGCUGGUUCUGAUAAAAGUUUUGAGAAUAUAACCCCAUGCCUUGAUCAACCACCGCUUAAAAUUCAAUUCACAAAGGAAAACAGCACACUGAAAACCCUGGUUCUGAGUCGAGAAGCGAACACGCUACCUCAAUGUAAAUCAAGCUGCAAAAAACAAGCUGGUUCUGACAAAAAUUUGAGCGUAAAAGCUGCUUUAAACGCAAUUUAUAAAGCAAACCAGAGCACUAAUUGCCCUUUAAAACUAGAAGUCGUAUUAAAUCUUGCUCACCUGUUAGGUCCUCUUGAACAGACAACGAACAGCUGCUUCGGACCACGAGUACUAAAUACAAGACCAUGACAUCACUACCCAAAUAUGGUGUCUUAAUUACACCCAAAUAUGGUCAAAACUGCAAAUUUUAGAGGGUUACGCAGAAUUUGAGAGUUUUGGCCUACAUUUCGCGACGUUAUAAUUCUGCCGCCUAGGCAACGUCGCUUGUUAGCUCGGUGGUAAUAAAUAAUUGUUAAAAACAGCGAAACUAACAGGGAAAAAAAUUCUAUAAAAAAUUUCAGCAAGCAAAAUGUUCUUUUCACUUGAUUUUCUUCCUCCUUUUAUAUUAUUGCUUUUUGUUGUAGUUGUUCAAACUGCCGUUGUUACAUUUAUGUUUUUAGUUGUUGCUUAGUAUUAUAUCAAAAUCAGUUAAAACACCUUUGAUUUUUUUUAACAGACAUUAAUGACUGUGUAAAUCACACUUGUCAAAACGGUGGUUCUUGCGUGGAUGGCAUCAACAAUUUCACGUGUAACUGCCUUAAGGGGUUUACUGGAAGUUACUGCCAGACAGGUAUGCCGCUCUGAAGCAAAAAAUUGCGUUUCUCAUUAAAUACAAAUGUAACCAUUAGAAUACUUGAAACGCUUUGAUUUGCAUUUCUACAAGGUCACGUACGUUAUAAAUUAUACUUCUAUGUUUUUGUCAGACAUCGACGACUGUGUUAAUCACCCAUGUUUGAACGGUGGGUCGUGUAUAGAUGAUGUAAACAAUUACACGUGCAGAUGUGUUGCAGGAUUUAAAGGAGAUCACUGUGAGACGAGUAAGAUUUUUUGCAAUUUCAUUAACACUAAAUAUUUUUAAUGCACGUCCAGUAAGGACAAUAAGGAUGUUUACUGAAACACUCUAUAAGAAAAGUUUGAGGUGAAAUGUUUUUGAAUAUUGAGGUUUUAGAUCUUUUCACUUAUUAAGUCAGAAUGGAGGGAGAACUUAGAUAACUGAACAGUAAAAUUAAAGGAGAUAUUUGCUUUAUAUAACUUUUAACCAAUAGACACAUCAUGAGGAUAUCGAUAAUAAUUAUAAAUAAUAACGAAGAUAGUACGCGCACUCUGAUUGGCCGAGAGGCGUGUUUGCAUGAGCGUAUGUAAACAUGGUUGUGACGUCAAGAUGUUUUGCUUUUCGUGCGCUAAUCACGCAAACACGAAUUUGAAAAAGGUUUUGAGAUGAAAACGUCGACAAGUUUACUUUAUUUAUCCAUUUCCUCGUCGGUUGAAACUUGAAAAAUCUUUAGAAACAUGCUGCGUCAAUUUUUUUUCGCUUGAGCUGACGUUUUAAGCGAGAAAAACCCGUAUUUUGGGAAGCAUCUUUUUUGCAAAACAAAGAUUGGUUACGCUUACAAGCUUCGUGUAAAAGACUUCGUCUCGGGUUUGCAUAACUGUCUCGAAUUCUCCAAACCCCUUUCGUGUUUAUGCAAACCGUGCAGGUGUAGUUUAUGCAAUGAACAAGACAUAAUGCAAAAGUCGGGUUUAUAUGAGGCGCCACCCAAAAGCUAGUUUUAAGAAUCAUAUGGUAUUUUCCGCUUUGGCCAAAAGACUGAAUCCCCAAGAACUUGCAUCAUAGACUGACAUUAGAAGAUAGGGGUAUUAAAGUUAAUAUUUUUCUUAUAAAUGUCUUGAUUUUUCUAGGAUUUAUUUCUUAUACUUAAUUAAUAACAAACAUAGACAAAAAAUGACUAUGUCAAUCACACUUGUCAUAACGGUGGUUCUUGUGUGGAUGGUAUCAUCAACUUCACGUGUAACUGCCUUAUGGGGUACACUGGGAGUCACUGCCAGACAGGAAUGUUGCUUUGA